GAGUACGAAGAGAGGAAAGGAGUCCGUUAUUUCGUCACUAUCAAACCAAAACGGCGUCGCAUUACCGUACAGUCGUCUUCCUUUAAAACUGCUCAAUAUAAACAGACCUUACAAGUUACAACAAUCUCUGUCUCCAACAAAACUGAAAGGAUAGAAAGAGAGAGAGAGAGAUUUCGAUCAACCUCUUCUUGAAAAUGGCAAGUGAAACAGAGAACAUAAAGUACGAAGAGAGUUUCAUUAAGAAUACUCGAGGAAUGAAGUUAUUCACGUGCAAGUGGUUACCAGCAAAUAAAGAGCCAAAGUCUUUGAUCUUCAUCUGCCAUGGAUAUGCAAUGGAAUGCAGUAUCACCAUGAACAGUACUGCGAGAAGGCUUGUGAAUGCAGGAUAUGGGGUGUAUGGGAUGGACUAUGAAGGACAUGGUAAAUCUGAUGGGCUUAGUGCGUAUGUCCCAAACUUCGACCAUCUCGUUGAUGAUGUCUCUGCCCACUACACAUCCAUUUGCGAGAGAGAAGAGAACAAAUGUAAGAUGAGAUAUUUGUUAGGAGAAUCAAUGGGUGGGGCUGUGCUUUUGUUGUUACACAGAAAGAAGCCUGAGUUUUGGGAUGGGGCCGUCUUGGUUGCUCCUAUGUGUAAGAUCGCAGAAGAAAUGAAACCAAACCCUGUGGUAAUUUCUGUAUUGUCCAAACUUAGUGGAGUCAUUCCUACGUGGAAGAUUAUCCCUGGCCAGGAUAUCAUUGAGACUGCUUUUAAGCAGCCAGAAGUCAGGAAACAGGUCAGAGAAAACCCUUACUGCUACAAAGGUCGUCCACGCUUGAAGACUGCUAAUGAGCUACUGAGGAUUAGCACCGACCUCGAGAAGAGGCUUGAUGAGGUUUCAUUACCGUUCAUGGUAUUGCACGGUGAAGAUGAUAAAGUCACGGACAAAGCGGUUAGCGGACAAUUCUAUGAAGUUGCGUCGAGUUCGGACAAGACUUUUAAACUGUAUCCUGGGAUGUGGCAUGGUUUACUCUAUGGCGAGACACCAGAGAACAUCGAGAUUGUUUUUACUGACAUCAUUGGUUGGUUGGACAAGAGAGCUUCUGAUGGAAACGGAGGGUUUGAGUCUGAGCUCAAACGUAAAGAAGAUGGUUUCACUUUGAAAGAGUAGCUCUGAUUCAAAUGCUAUUGUUGUUGAUUAUGACACUGUGACAUGCCUUUGUAAGUGCAGUGACAUUUAUAAACUACAUUAUGCGUCCUUCCUCAGUCUCUAAUUCUUUAUAUAUAAACCUAAUUAAUUA